AUGAUCCCCGCCGAGCCGCCGCCGCAGCCGCUGCAGCCGCCGCCGCCGGCCCCGCCGAACCAUGUGGUGAGCACCAUCGAGAACCUGCCGGCCGAGGGCGGCGGCGGCGGCGGCGGCAGCCUGUCCGCCUCCUCCCGCGCCGGCGUCCGCCAGAGGAUCCGCAAAGUGCUGAACAGGGAGAUGUUAAUCUCUGUGGCUCUGGGCCAGGUGUUAUCUCUUCUUAUUUGUGGAAUUGGCUUGACCAGCAAGUACCUGUCAGAAGAUUUCCAUGCCAAUACACCAGUCUUUCAGAGUUUCCUCAAUUACAUCCUUCUCUUCUUGGUCUAUACCACCACACUAGCUGUCAGACAAGGAGAAGAAAACCUCCUGGCAAUUUUACGACGAAGAUGGUGGAAGUAUAUGAUCCUGGGACUCAUUGACCUGGAAGCAAAUUACCUGGUGGUCAAGGCCUACCAGUAUACGACUCUGACCAGUAUCCAGCUCUUGGACUGCUUUGUGAUCCCGGUGGUGAUUUUGCUGUCCUGGUUCUUCCUGCUGAUCCGGUACAAGGCUGUGCAUUUCCUCGGCAUCGUGGUCUGCAUCCUGGGCAUGGGCUGCAUGGCAGGAGCGGAUGUGCUUGUGGGAAGGCAUCAGGGAGCAGGGGAAAAUAAGCUGGUAGGGGACCUUCUGGUCUUAGGAGGAGCCACAUUAUACGGUAUCUCUAACGUCUGGGAAGAAUACAUCAUCCGAACCCUGAGUCGAGUGGAAUUUCUGGGAAUGAUUGGACUCUUCGGGGCUUUCUUCAGCGGAAUUCAAUUAGCGAUCAUGGAGCACAAGGAGCUGCUAAAGGUGCCCUGGGAUUGGCAGAUCGGACUGCUCUACGUUGGCUUUAGUGCCUGCAUGUUCGGUCUCUACAGCUUCAUGCCAGUCGUCAUAAAGAAAACCAGCGCCACUUCGGUCAACCUCUCCUUGCUCACAGCAGAUUUGUACAGCCUGUUCUGCGGAUUGUUUCUCUUCCACUACAAGUUUUCAGGCCUUUAUCUCCUGUCUUUCUUCACCAUCCUCAUCGGGCUGGUGCUCUACUCGUCCACCUCCACGUACGUAGCCCAGGACCCCCGUGUGUACAAGCAGUUCCGCAAUCCUUCAGGACCUGUUGUGGACUUACCGGCCACGGCUCAAGUGGAGCCCUCGGUCACCUACACCAGCCUGGGCCAGGAGACCGAAGAGGAGCCCCACGUGCGCGUGGCCUAGGGGGUGGCCCUCCCAGCCCAUUGAAGUCCACGCCGUGGCCACGUGCUUGCCCUCCAUCUCUGUAUUGUACAUAGAGAAAGGUAUUUAUUAGGUGCGG